CCCGAGCCCGCGGCCGCUGCCGCUGGCGCCCGCAGCCCCGGGGCUGCGCUGGGGGCGGCUCCGGGACGCGCCGGCUUCAGCACCGCGGACAGCGGCGGGGAGCGGCACCGCCGGCGGCCGCGGGGCGUCCCGGGAGCGGAGCCCGGUCCUGUGCGGGGUCCCGGGGAGCGGAGCCCCGGCCUCAGUGCGUCCCCCCCGGGGAGCGGAGCCCCGGCCCGGCUGCGAGGGGAUGUUCCCGGCGCUGGGGUCGGCGCCCCGAGCCCCCGCCUCGGUUCCCGGCGCGGCCCGGCUCCCCGCCCUCGCCCCGGCGGAGCUCCCCAGUUCCGGUCACGUUGCCGCCUGUUUACGGCGCGGCUGGCGGCGGGGCCGGGCCGGGCGAGGCGGGGCCGCCGCAGGCAGCGCGGGCAGCGCGGGAGCCCGGCCCCGGCCCCGGCCCCGCCGCCCCAUGACGCCCAGCGGGCGGCCGGCGGGGCCCCGCCGUUCCCCCCAGGCCUGGACUGUGAAUUUGGUUGCGAUGGAGACCGUGUCCCUGGAGCACCAGAUCCAGAGCGUGCAGCGGCACAUCGCUUUCCUGAAGAAGGAGCAGAUGGAGCUGCUCCAUGACCUGCACCUGGAGAUCCUGCGCCUGCAGAAGCACUGCUCAGAGCUCACCCAUGACCUGGAGAUGAAGGAGCUGGAAGCCCGCCAGCAAGACGUCCUGGACCGGGAGCUGGAGGAGAAGUGCCGGGCAAUGGAGGCCCAGCUGCAGGAGAAGGAGAAGGACAACCUGGAGCUGCGCAAGGAGCUGCGGCACAAGGAGACGCUGGUGGCCGCACUGCGCUCCAGCCUGCGCAACAAGGAGCGCCGGUUCCUGGAGGAGCUGAAGCGGCGGAGCCACCGCGUCACCAUUCUGGACACGGAGCUGCAGAAGCAGACAGAGGCGGCCGCCUACCUGUCCCUGCAGCUGCACGCCACGGCCCAGCGGCUGCCAGGGCCCCGGGCGGGCGGGCGGCCGCCCCCCGAGCAGCCCCCACCCGAGGGCAGGCCCCGGCGCCGCGGCCACCGGCCACAUCCCCGGCGCCCACCCGGGGAUGGUGCCCGCGCCAGGGACCCCGCGCCAGAGGAGCACGACGCCAUGCCUGACCCGGCCCUGUUCCUCUACACGGUGCGGCCGCACGGCCCGCAGCGCCCAGAGCCGCCUGCCCUGGCCCACGGCACAGCCGGUGCCACCGCGGCCACCCGGGCACAGAGGCCGCCCCGGCAGCCCCUGCAGGAGCCAGCAGCCAGGGCCAGGUCGACCAAGGGCGAGCCCAGCAAGCGGCAGGGGCCUGGCCCCCAGAGUGCCCCCCGCGCCCGGGAGUAGGCGGCGAGGGGACGGCACGGCCUGACCGGCCGGCAUGGCUGGAGCCCAGCGGCACCGGGGUGGGCGCCGGCCGAGGUGGCUUUCCCCGUCCCCUCGGAGGGGAAGGGGCAGCAGAAAGUGGGUCCCCUGCUCGCACUCCUGCCCACGGGCAGCCGGGAAGGAUCCCCUGGCUCACAGGGUCUGAGCUGCUGGGCAGCGCAGCGCCGGGGCUGCGGAGGGGAGCUGCUGAGUGCCUGUGCAGAGCCUCCAAGGGAGAGAAAAAUGAACGAAAAUAGGAUUUCUGCGACGAGAAGAUCUGCUGCUGCCGCUGCUGCCCAGGGUGCAACGCCAGGGGCAUGUGCCGGGCGGGGUGUGUGCGGCACACGGCUUGGCACCGCGGGCUCAGCCGAGCCCCAGCCCUGGCCGGCACCAUGCGGGGGGUUUCAGGCCGGCUGUGCCCGUGCUGGCUCUGGGCGGGCAGGGGGCUCAGGUCCCUGCUGUCACCGCUGUCACCGCUGUCACCUGCCCUGCAGCGGCAGCAGGGUGGCUCAGGCGCAGCGUCGCGGGCAGGCGUUCCCGGGUGUCGCGCAGGGGAGGCACCGUUUGGCCUUUGGAAGUGGCUGUUUCUCUCAGGUUCGGAGUGGUUCUGCUGGGGGUUUGUCUCUGUUCUAACACAGGAGAGGGCAGCGCACGUUUGCGCUGUGCGGCUGCUCCUUCGGCUGUGGGGUGCACAGCUCUUCCCUCUCUCCUUCCCAGACAAUCCUGAUGGACAGAGGAUUUUGCAUUUUUAUCAUAAAAUCCUUGAUAAAAUCAUGGUGUUCAUGACUGACCUGAGCAUCGAAAAGGGGAGGAAGAGGUAUGAUCCUUCUUCUCUGUAAAUACCUUCCUAGCAAUCAUCAUUUUUAGUGCCUAGUAUGUAAAUGAAGCAACCCUGUCGAGCUGCAGGAUCUUUUCCUCUUCACCGCUAAUUAGCAGCUUGCUGAAGGAGUUGAUCUGAUUUCCAGUUCCCCGGCUGCUUUUGCGAUGCUUGCGGGCAGCUGGGCAGGCCUGACCCACAGCCCUGGGACAGCGUCCUCAGCGAGGGGGGAGCUCCCAAGGGGACGGGGACGGGACCCCCAGUCUGCCCCUUCACGCCAGCGUAACCUGCUCGGGAUGAGUUGUUGGGGUGAGCCCUGUGCUUUGCCCUGGGCACCCUUGUCUCGGAGCGGGAAGGAUCAGCUCCUGCGCACCGUACCCGCUUCCAUCACUGCUGCUUUUCUUCAGCGGGAGGGAAGCUCUAGAGAUGCUAUAUAUACACUUAUAUAUAUAUAUAUACACAUAUAUAUACACACACAUGCACUUGUUUUGAAGGGAAAACACUGUAUGAUUGUAAUAGAAUUAUGUCAAGAUAAAUUAUUUUAAUCUUUGUAUUUAUAUAAAAUGAUCAAAGAGAUCAAAAUGUUCAAAAAAGAAGAACAAGCAGACAGCGUUCCUAUAUUUCACAGAGCAGGCUGCUGCGCGCCGCAGGGAGCGGGGUCCUGCAGCCCCGGGCGCAGGCUCAGACGAGCCCCGGCCCGUGUGACACGGAUCUGUAGGUGUGUUUGGAGUCCUGGGAACCCGGGGGUGCCCAGUGUCACCCUGCGCCGUGUACCCGACACGCACAGACCGGGGAGUGUCACCGCAGACACCAACGUGCUUUGUAUGGAACGGGCAAUGUUGAAUGUUGACUCGUAAAGCUUAAUGAUUAGACUGGAAAUGGAUGCAUAGCAAUAAGCUCGGUUGUUAAACAACGUCUUACGUCUAUAAAGCACAACGUGCUGAGAGCUCUGUGCACACACUAACAGCCGGGCACUCUCCUCCGCACCCCCUUCCCUCUGCAGCGGCUCAUGGAUUUGAUGAGUUGGGUUUGUUCAUUUCCUUUUUCCUCAUUAUUUCUCCUAAUGCUCCCAGAGAAAGCAGCGUCUCAAACUGCACAGCCUCGCAGCAGGCGCGGGGUGAGCGGCACGCGGGGGAGAUGCUCCCGCUCCACUCACUGCGGCGGUGCCGGUGCCGCGGCAGGAGACGGAGCCCGUCCUGACGGCUUGGUGCACGCUCCCAUGGACUUAUUUUAACCUUGGGCAGACUGCUGGGAAGUUUUCCCUCUUGACCGUGUUAAUUAAAAAGCCAUAUUUUCUGAAUGUGUUUGCUGGAGCUAAUCCAGGUGCUCCCAGCCGCAUCCUUCCCAUCCCGCCGUGGGGCCGCUGCGAGGUGGGGGCAGCACGGCCACGCGACCCCUGGGGCGGCUGUGGGGCCGUCCCGCUGCCGCAGGCGCUGGCACAGCCUGUCCCCAGCGCGGCCGUGCCGGAGGCAGAGCACAGGCGUUGUGACCCGCCUGGUGUUGGGGAGGAACAGGGUCGCACAGCUGCCGGUGUGAGAGGGGCACCCAGUGCACCCCCCGGGCACCUGGAGCUCCGCGGGGUGCGGCAAUGCCUCCUGCCUCUUUCCAAGAGAUUUCAUUCACCUUGUAGCUUCCAGAAGAGAUCCCCUUUCCUGUCAUUGCGAUCACAGGAGGAAUGAGAUCGCUCAAAUCUUUGUAUGUCUCAAAAACCAAACCCUUUCUCCCCCUGGGCCGCAGGUGAGGACCUGAGCCUCAGCACCCCAGCCCUGCGGGCACGGGCACCAUCGGGAUUUGCUUGGGCGCGUCAAGGUCACGUGGAAGGUCACUGUCCCCACAGUCCUCGCCAAGGCUUUGGCAGGCCUGCUGGGGCGGGGACGCCCCCUCUGCCCGGGCAGAGCUGUGCUCGGGACCGAGGAGGCUCUGGCGGGGGAACAGGAGCGAAGGGCCCCAGGUACAGCCCCCCCGCUCCCCGAGCAGCUGCGGUUUAGUUGGAGCAAAAAUACUCUGCUUGGCUGCGUUUGUGGAGCUCAGCUGGGAACAUAAAAGCAUAACGUCGUGCUGGGGAGAGCUGUUGCGGCGGGACGGAUGCCAAAGGUUUGAUAGCGCUCUGCUUUAUUUGAAUGUUCAUUUUACAACAUGACACCAUUAUUUGCCAGGAUGAUGUUGACUUUGCUUUUUAACCAAGUGCUUUUCAAAAUGUGUUAAUACGCAGAGACUGGAGUAUGGAGCUGUACUUUAGCAGUCGUUGUAAUACGCCUUUUUCUUAAUAAAGAGAUUGAAAUCUGCA